UUCCGGCCGGCCUCGCGCGUGCUGAUGUGUCGGGGAGGCGGGGCUUAGGGGAGCCGCCCCUGGAGACGCCCCCGGGCUCGGAGGUUGUUCCUGUGGCACAUCUACCUUCCCGAGGCCAUGGCGGUCUCUGCUCGACCCGCGCGGGCCCCGCGGGGCUCAGACAAAGUAAAGAAAGACAAGGCUGCACAGACUUCAGGGCCCCGUCAGGGCAGCCGAAUGGGGAAACUGUUGGGUUUUGAGUGGACAGAUGUGUCCAGCUGGGAGAGGUUGGUGACCCUGCUGAAUAGACCCACGGAUCCUGCAAGCCUAGCAGUCUUCCGUUUUCUCUUCGGGCUGAUGAUGGUGCUGGACAUUCCCCAGGAGCGGGGUCUCAGCUCCCUGGACCGAAGAUACCUGGAUGGCCUGGAGGUGUGUCGCUUCCCCUUGCUGGACACCCUGCAGCCACUGCCACUUGACUGGAUGUAUCUGGUCUACACCGUCAUGUUUCUGGGGGCACUGGGCAUGAUGCUGGGCCUGUGCUACCGGAUAAGCUGUGUGUUAUUCCUGCUGCCAUACUGGUAUGUGUUUCUCCUGGACAAGACGUCGUGGAACAACCACUCCUAUCUGUAUGGCCUGUUGGCCUUUCAGCUGACAUUUGUGGACGCACACCACUACUGGUCUGUGGAUGGCCUGCUGAGUGCCCGGAAGCGGAAUGCCCACGUGCCCCUUUGGAACUAUGCUGUGUUGCGUGGCCAGAUCUUCAUCGUGUACUUCAUUGCGGGCAUAAAGAAGCUGGACGCAGACUGGGUGGAAGGCUACUCUAUGGAAUACCUGUCUCGGCACUGGCUCUUCAGCCCUUUCAAACUUGUGUUGUCCGAGGAGAUGACGAGUCUACUGGUGGUGCACUGGUGUGGAUUGCUGCUCGACCUCUCAGCCGGUUUCCUGCUCUUCUUUGAUGCCUCAAGACCCAUCGGCUUCGUCUUUGUGUCCUACUUCCACUGCAUGAAUUCCCAGCUUUUCAGCAUUGGCAUGUUCCCCUAUGUCAUGCUGGCCAGCAGCCCUCUCUUCUGCUCUCCUGAGUGGCCUCGGAAGCUGGUAGCUCACUGCCCGAAAAAGCUGCAAGAGCUGCUGCCCCUCAAGACCGCCCCACAGCCCAGCACUUCCUGCCUGUAUAAGAGGAGCCGAGCCAAAGGCAGUCAGAAGCCAGGGCUGCGCCACCAGCUGAGCACUGCCUUCACCCUGCUCUACCUCCUGGAGCAGCUCUUCUUGCCCUAUUCCCACUUCCUCACCCAGGGGUACAACAACUGGACCAACGGGCUAUACGGCUACUCCUGGGACAUGAUGGUGCAUUCCCGCUCCCACCAGCACGUGAAGAUCACCUACCGUGAUGGCCGCACCGGCGAGCUGGGCUACCUCAACCCUGGGGUAUUCACACAGAGCCGGCGUUGGAAGGACCAUGCAGACAUGCUGAAGCAAUAUGCCACUUGCCUGAGCCGCCUGCUGCCCAAGUACAAUGUCACUGAGCCCCAGAUCUACUUUGAUAUUUGGGUCUCCAUCAAUGACCGCUUCCAGCAGAGGAUUUUUGACCCUCGUGUGGACAUCGUGCAGGCUGCCUGGUCCCCCUUCCGGCGUACACCUUGGCUGCAGCCACUGCUGAUGGACCUGUCUCCCUGGAGAACUAAACUACAGGAGAUCAAGAGCAGCCUGGACAACCACACCGAAGUGGUCUUUAUUGCAGAUUUCCCUGUGAGUUCACGCCACCUUGGGGUGGGAUGGGAACUCUUGCCCCUGGCAGGGCUGCACCUGGAGAACUUCGUGAGUGAAGACCUGGGCAACACUAGCAUCCAGCUGCUGCAGGGGGAGGUGACCGUGGAGCUGGUGGCAGAACAGAAGAACCAGACUCUUCAGGAGGGAGAAAAAAUGCAGUUGCCUGCUGGUGAGUACCAUAAGGUGUACACAGUGUCGUCCAGUCCUUCCUGCUAUAUGUACAUCUACGUCAACACUACAGAGGUUGCACUGGAGCAAGACCUGGCGUAUCUGCAAGAAUUGAAGGAGAAGGUGGAAAAUGGAAGUGAAACAGGGCCUCUGCCUCCAGAGCUGCAACCUCUGCUCGAAGGGGAAGUCAAAGGCGGCCCUGAGCCAACACCACUGGUCCAGACCUUCCUUAGACGCCAACAAAGGCUCCAGGAGAUUGAACGCCGGCGAAAUGCUCCUUUCCAUGAGCGACUUGUCCGCUUCUUGCUGCGAAAGCUCUAUAUCUUUCGCCGCAGCUUUCUCAUGACUUGUAUCUCACUUCGAAAUCUGGCAUUAGGCCGCCCUUCCCUGGAGCAGCUGGCCCAAGAGGUGACUUAUGCCAACUUGCGACCCUUUGAGCCAGUGGGAGAGCCGAGUCCUGUAAACACAGAUUCUUCAAAUUCUAACCCUCCUGAGCCGGAUUCUGACCCUGUCCACUCAGAGUUCUGAGGGAGGCCAGAUGUGGAGUACAGAUGUGGCAGCAGCCAGUCACAGGACCGUUACCUAGGCAGUGGACAUGUGAAAAAACUACUUCAGAUUUUUUGUUUUUCCUCCAUAUCCACGGCUGUAAUAAAUUCAGAGAGGAUAGAUUAGAGGGACAAGGAGAUAAAGCAAGGAUAAGAUUUAUCAAUUCCAAGGUUGAGGGGCUUGGGCAGUGGGGUUAAAAAGCAAUGUGAAAAUGUCUUUCAAGGGUUAAGAGUAAGGUUUAAAGUGACUUGCUCCUUGCCAAAAGAGAGUUAAUGUUCCAUGAAAAUAGCUGCUGUUCUUAAGUGCUUGCCAUAUACAGGCACUGUGUGAAGCCCUGUGCCAGCAUUAUUACACUUAUUCCUUAAGAGCCAUAAGCCCUAUUUUGUGGUUGGGGAAACUGAGGCUGAGGGGUAGUAUAAUUCUCUCAAAGACGUAUACCUAAUAAGGGAUAGACUGACUGAUGGUCUGAACCUCAAGUCUUUUUUUUUUUUUUAACCUCAAGUCUUAAGGUCCUGCACCCUGCCUCUUAAAAUUUUCAGAAUCACUGACAGUAAUUUUGAAAUAACAUAGCUUAAAACUUGUCUGGUUAUAAAGUGUGAUUAGGAUGGUGAUCAGGUUUUAGAUGCAGGGUAAUUUUCUCUUCACUGCAAUUUUGAUUCUUUUUUUGUUCCUAUUGUUUAUACAGCCAGCUUUUUACUAGGGGUUAUGAGCAUAGAAUAGCAGAAAGUUAAACUGAUAACAGAAUUUAGAUGAUUAAUAGUGGUAUAUAUCUAAAAAAUAAGCUGAGUAUUUAGCAUUAUUCUAGUUUUCAAUGAGCAGGAGGUGAUGUAAAGUGAGAUUUAACCAAAUGUAAUGAAAUCAGGGGAUGUUUACAGUCAUGAUAUAUAAGGUUUGGAUGUGAUUCAGGAAGAUCCUCAAUUCUGUGAAAAUUCAAAGGCCUGGUACUGGGCUAGGAAGUGAGAAUGCAUAAUUAGCAACAGAAACAAACAAAAACAAAACAGGCCCUGUUUGGGAACCCUAUUGGGCAUCCUGUGUGGAGGCAGAGACCAGCGGCAGCAGGCUGGCAAUCCCAGUUACUUUGAUAAAGGAUCGCAUUUGUUUCCAGUCUUCUUUUCCCAUGCUCCACUCCAUCCAAUCGCAGGCUUCUUUCCUAGGUGGCUGCCUUUUCACCAUACAUACUUGGGAUGAUUGUGUCCACUCCAUGGUUUCCAGGGAUGCCGCUGCUUACUUUCUUUCCCGUGCUCUAGAGCUGUUUAUCUAGCUCCACCUAGCUACCCCAGAGUUUUUAACUGUCAUAAACAAGAUGCAUUCAUCCACAACUCAGACCUGCUUCUUUAUUACUGAAUGGCAGCUGUUUUUUUGAUUCUUCCAUUUUCCUUCCAUUUCUUAAGAUUUCAAGGCCCAUCAGUUCUACCUCUUACUUUUUGGAUCUGUUGAAUUCAUCUCUCCUACCUCUGUCCUUUCAGCCUUUAUACUGGAAUCCAGUGAAACAGAUCAGAGCAGGGCUGCCAGGGAGUUGUGCAGAUUGGGCCUAAGUGCACUCAACUGAUCCAAGUGGAGCCUGGCAGUAAGUUCCUGUGAUUCACACAAGGCAUUUUGUGGGUUAGAGAUGGCUGUGGCACAGGGCACUUUGCUAAGAACCAUGCAUGGGAACACUGGUUUUCAGUUCUGCAGAUCCCCUCAGUGACACGAGACACCUUGGCACUGUGUCCUUCCCCAUAACUGCUGCCCCAUCCUCCUUUUUACUUAGUGAAAAUAAUAAAAGUAGUUCUUCGUUUUGGAAGGGAACUCUUACAGAAGUAUUUUUCUUGAUACAGGCAAGGAUGUUACUUUCCCUCAACUGUUAGUGUACCACUUGUCUCAUUUUCCAAGUGACAAUGUUGUGGGUACCCAAUACUGUUAAGAACAACUGCUCACUGGAGAAAAUCUGGGUUCUCCAGGUUUCAGUAUUGAGACCCUGGGUCUGAAUACUGAAAUGUUUAGCCAGGCUUUGCUUCCUACCAUAGGCCAGCAUUUAGGUCUUUUGUCCCUGACCAGUGUCAUCCCCCUUAAAACUGUAGAAAAGUAUGAUUUUCAACUUAAACAUGUUUCACAUUCCCUUUCAUUGGCACUUUAUGCUUUUGAUUCUCAAGCUGUAACCAGGCAUCAUCCUAGUAAAUGCUGAACCAAACUUUAAGGCCAUUAUUUCUCUGGUCCUGCUUUACCAACCUACAGAUGCUUUAUCCUCACCAUCAUUAUUUGACCAACAUGGUUAGACAGCAGUGUCUUGGCCAUCUAAAAAGCUUUUUGAUAUCCUGGAGCUUUUCAUUUCAUGAAAAGUUUAAGUUCUCAAGUUUCACAGCAGGUCAAGAGUUUAUACUCCCUGAAAUUUAACCUUGGCCAGAAGAGUUGACUCAUUGGAAAAGACCCUGAUGCUGGGAGGGAUUGUGGGCAGAAGGGGAUGACAGAGGAUGAGAUGGCUAAAUGGCAUCACUGACUUGAUGGACAUGAGUUUGAGUAAACUCUGGGAGUUGGUGAUGGACAGGGAGGCCUGGCAUGCUGCAAUUGAUGCGGUCACAAAGUCAGACACAAGAUUUAAGCUUGCCUUUCCUCCCAAAUGUUUCUAAACUUUUAGCCCUCCAGGCAAACAGAUACAAGCAGCCAUUGCUUGGGCCUCAUUUGCAACAGUAAAGCAUUUCAACCAUUUGAUUUCAUAUUUGCUGGUGUAUAUACAUGGGCCAUGCAGCUCAAGAAAGGAUGGUUCAAGAGCUGGUUGAUGAGUAUUCUGCAUAACUGCAACAAAUUCAGAAUACACAUCCUCACUGCAGUUUUGUUUAAACUUUAUCCAUUGUAUGAGAAACUGGUCCCUCAGUUGUUUAAAAAUACUUUUCAAACUGUAGUACGUAACUUGUAGCCUUUAACCCAUUUAUAUACAAGGGGAACUUAAGACAGCAAAUUGUUUUUACAUUUUCAAAACACUGAAAAUAGAUUUAAAAUAUCACUUUUCUCACAUGAUACUCAUUUUAAUGGUUUUUAUGCCUUUAAAGCACUGCUGAUAGUGCAGAAAUGGCUGUUGUAGUAAGACAUGAAUUUUGCCCACUGUGUUGGCCAAAACAGGCAGUGCUGGACAAACCUUCAACUUUCUUCUUAGUGUCAGGGAUACAAUUUAUGAACCUUUUAAAGGCCAGGCCUAUAGUCAAGGUUGAAGUUAUUUCCCUAAACCAUGGGUAGGAUUACAAUUACUCAGGGUUAAAAUAUGUUUAAUUCAUACUCAUACUGAAACACUUACGAAUGGCGGGAAGAGUUCCCUGGUGGCCAGGAUUCAGUGCUUCCACUGCAGAGGUCCACGUUCAAUCCCUGGUUGGGAAACCAUCCCACAUACCACCAGAAUACAAAUAAUAAUGGACACAGGUAAGGUAGAACCUAGCAUUUUAUUUAGAUCUUCAUUAAACUGUUGGAAUUGAGAACCAGACAUACGUAAUAAACCUCCAAAAAUAGAUCCUGAAAGGCACUUUCUGCUUAGGGCAAGCAGUCAUGGAAUAAGCAUGUAAACAAGCUGGCUUCUCUGUACCACACCAGCCAAGUCAGCUUUCUCCAUGGCCAGCUGCACCAGCUCUGCCCUCCCUUCUGUUAACACCAGCCAGAACCCCUGUAGGUCUAACCCAAGGUUUUUCUGUAGGACACCUUGGCCUACCUGGGAAUGCUGGAAACAUGUUAAAGGAAUCAUGGUGUUGAGGAAAAAAAAAAUCUUUUAAAAGCUGCCAUCUGAGGUGAUGGCUUCUCUGUACUUACGCCAUACCCCAGAAUACAAUAAAUAAGCAAUUAGAAAAUGUUCAAGUAUGAAGGGAUUUCCUCCUCCCCGCCAAAAGCACUGCUCUCUGAAGGAAGCUGGUUUCUCUGUAGCUACACCAGCUGUCCAGAAAGCUCAUUGGACCUGGUUUUGAAAAUAAAACAAAGUUAAAACCCUGGGAGGAGUUCUUGUGCAGUGUGGAGUACUCAGUCUUUCUUAUAAAGAAAAAAAAAAAGUUAUCUGGUACCAAAGUGUGCAACCUACAGACCCUCAGGUACUGCCCUGUGACUUCUCUGUAUGACAUCACAAGGGUGCCAAGUGCCUGUUUUUCUAGAGCUAGGAAUUGGUGGUUUGGCUAGUGCUGAAACCAUGCAUAGGAUUGGUUUACUAAAUAAAAACCUUAUUACGUACGUCCUCCAAAAGACAGCUGAAAGUGGAGAGAUUCUGAUUUGGUGCUGUUUAAGAGAUGGCGAUUAAGAGCAUAAGCACCAGGGAGAUGGUUUAAUGGUAACUGCCUUUUUUUUUUUUUUUAUGUCAGGCUAGAGCUCCAACUGGAACUUGCGUUACAUGCAAGAAUGAUUGGAUAGGGAACACUCCCUGACAAAGAGCUA